UGACAAAACACUUAACAUGAUUGCUUCAUUGUAUGAAAAUGAAUGUGUGAUGUAAUCAAGAGCACCUUUAUAGUGACUGUAAGGCCAAAAUAAUCCAAUUCUCAAAAGUCCAUUUUAUUCAAAGUGAAAUGAUGUAUUCAAAAGAGACUACAGCAAACAGAAACUGAGGCAGAGGAGCACAGCUGUACAGGCUGUUUCUUGUUCAUAGCGAUCUUUCUGAGUGACGUCCCUUAACGUCAUCAUCACCAGGCAAAGCGACUUUUUCCCUCCUCCCAGCUGAUUUACAGAUGGACCACUCGUUAGUGUGUUUGUGUUAUGUGAGUGUGUGUGUGUGUGUGUGAAUGAGAGAGUGUGUGCGCCCGUCCUCCCCUCACUCCGCUCCGUUAGAGCCGCACUUUAUCACUUGGUGUUGAAGCGCUCAGGAGCCGCUAUCCGCCGCCGGGGGGUGGGAUAGAAAACACCGAGACCCGCAGCCUCAGGAAAAACAGAAAACAAUGACUGUAGAGAGGAUAUUCGACGUCCUUGGACAUUUCAAAAGGUAUCAGGCAUGUCUGUACUUUGCGGCAGUCUUCCAGGCUGUAGCCUGUGGGAUCCACUACCUGGCAUCUGUCUUCUUAGUGGAGACGCCAAACUUUGUGUGCAGCGUGCCCAGCAACAUCACUGAUGUCCUGUAUGGCAACCUGACGGGAUCCAGUCUGGAAGACAUCCUGCCGGUCUUCGGCUUGGGGACCGGGCCCUUGGUGGUGAGGACGGCCGAAGGAGAGCAGUGGGAGCUGAGCCGGUGCCGCAGCGCCCUGCGCAUCAACCCAUCGGGCUUUGCGUAUGAUUUUGAUGGCAACAAAACAGUGAGAGCCUGCAAUGGGAGCUUUGUUUAUGACCACACUGAAGUUCACCAAAGCAUAGUGACAGACUGGGACCUGGUGUGUGAGAGAGAGUGGCUGGCCAAGCUGUGCCAGCCCACCUUCAUGCUGGGGGUGCUGAUCGGAGCGCUGGUGUUUGGGGACCUUGCUGACAGAGCUGGUCGUGUGAGGAUUAUGAUGUUCACCAGCCUCUGUCAAUUUGGGCUUGGGCUGUCUGUAGCGUUUUCUGGAAACUACUAUUUCUUUGUGGUGCUCCGUUUCCUCCUGGCCAUGGUGUCCAGUGGCUACCUUGUAGUGGUGUUUGUCUAUGUCACAGAGUUCACCGGCAUCAAGGUACGCACGUGGACCUCUAUGCAUGUGCACGCUGCCUUUGCUGUUGGCAUCAUGGUGGUGGCCCUGACUGGUUACCUGGUGCGGGUCUGGUGGAUCUACCAGAUCAUUCUCUCCGUAUGCACCUCACCCUUCCUGUUCUUCUGCUGGAAGUUCCCCGAGACGCCCUUUUACUUGAUGGCCAAGGGCCAUUACAAGGAGGCUCAGACCCUGCUGGACAGGAUAGCUAGCUUCAAUGGCAUUGGUUAUACACUGAAGGUGGAGGAGCUUCUGCAGCCAGAGGAAAGAGAGAAUGGCAUAGCUCUGCUGGAGGAGGCAAAGGAUCGACCAUCGCAGUCAGAUAAGAAGCUGUCCAUCCUGGACCUGUUUGGUAGCUGGAGGAUGGCUGGCCGCACGUGCACAGUGUGGGCCAUCUGGUUCAUCGGAAGCCUGGGCUACUACGUCUUCUCUUUAGGCUCGGUCAACCUGGGAGGAAACCAGUACAUUAACCUCUUCCUAGCUGGCGCAGUGGAACUCCCCUCCUAUCUGAUUGGCUGUUUUGCAAUGGACCGGAUUGGCAGGAAGAAGACUUGUGCCCCUGCUCUGCUUCUGGCUGGUGUCGCUUGUACGCUCAUCAUUGUGGUACCGGCUGACAUUGAGGCACUGGCCAUCGCCCUCAGUAUGAUAGGGAAGUUUGCCAUUGCCGUUGCCUUCGGUCUCAUCUACCUGUACACCUGUGAGCUAUACCCAACGACCAUCAGGUCUCUGGCAGUGGGUAGUGGCAGUAUGAUGUGCCGUGUUGGCAGUGUGAUGGCCCCCUUCUGUGUGUAUCUGGCUGAGGUCUGGGCCUACCUGCCUCAGCUCAUUGUGGGAAUCCUGGCAUUCGUCAUUGGAGUGCUGACCUUGUUGUUGCCCGAGACCCUGGGCAAACCACUAACAACCACCUUGGAAGAGGCUGAAGCCCUGGGACGCAAGCCUAGCAAGAAGAACUCAGCUCUGGGCAAUAAAGAUGCUGAGGACGGGUUGGAGAUGAAUCAACAUGAAGCCAAGGCAUGAGUUGUAACCUGCUGGAAAACCAGACACACAGAUGCAUGGGGAGAAGCUUCGGAAAGAAAAAUAAAUAAAAACUGAAAUGGUGACAUGAUUGAUGUAUUGGAUUGUUGGAAGAGGAUGAAAGAGAAAAAUAACAAGCUUUUUUUCAGAACUUGUUGAAAUGACACAUUUGUUGACAUUUUGCUCUGCAAAGCAACAAACCUUUUAGUACUUUUAAGUACUGAAGAGAGCUGGGAGACAGACAAACCCUCCUGCACGCAUACAGCACUCAACACACAACACUAAAUGUAACAAGACUGAGUGCAAGUAAGACAGUCCAUGAAUUCAAUGAUGGAGAAAAUCAUGUGCUAUGUGUGUGCAUGUGUAUUAUGUGUGUCCAGUUUCUGACAACUUCAGUCAUAAUUUUGAAGUUGUGCCCCCACUGUGUCUAUUAAUUAUGUUAACUUUGAUCACCAAAGUGCUUUCUGAAAUCUAAGAGCAUCGUGAGAUACUAAACCUCCAAAGUCCAAGAAACACCAACAGUUAGGUGUUACAAAUAAGCCAACAAAUUAGCCAUAUUAUGUUCUAAGGGAGCACACCAGAAAUGUCAGUAAGAACACAUUUAUGUACAGCAAACUGUGUGUGUACAACUAAGAAAGUUUACAGCAGACAAUGGAAAAUGAUUGCAGAUCUUAGAAAUUAACUUUAUGAACUUGUUAAACCAAAACUGCAAAAUAAGGUCAGGUCAUAAAGUGGAAUCAUCCUUAAUAAAAAAAAAAAAAAAAAAAAAAAAAAGAAGUGAGUGUAUGAGUGAUACAACAGUGACUUUCUGCGUUGUGUUUUAGUUACCUCUGUGAAACAGCAAUCAUGAAUGCAGAUCGUGGCUGUGCUUCUGUUUGGAGAACAUAUAGUAUUAAAGUACACAGAUGUAAUGCUAUUCUACACAUGAAAACAGUGGAACGCUGAAUAACAAGGAAGUGCCUUGUUUUUAAAAUCAUCUUUUUGUUAUUUUAAAUA